AGAAAAAGAGGGGAUCUUGAGGAGGAGGAGGAGGUGGUGGUGGAAGAGGAGAAGGAAAGUUUUUUAGAAACUCACAUUGAGAACACAAAACGGCAGGCUCACUCACGAGGAACAACUGAGAAAGGCACUUGAAAUAUUCAUCAACAUCAAACAGACAUGACAUUACUGCGUAGGAACCCAACUGUGCUUCUCCUUUUUCUGAGUGCCUGGCCUCUCUUUCACUCCCACCUCGUCACCGACGCAGCUUCUACUUCACCUCCCAUCACUCGUCCGAGGUUCACAUUUAUUACUGGUUUAGGUGCAGAUUAUGAUGAGGAAUAUGACGAGGAUGAUGACCACGCCAGCAAACGUCCUCCAGAAGUACUCGCCACCACAAGGACGCAGUUCCUUCAACGGGAACUGUGCAAGUUUAACCCUUGUUUGGAGAAUCAGGUGCCCUGUGCGAAGCUGUUGGCAGAGACUGGAUGCCUCUGCCCUGGCAUCAGUGGGGCUGACCAGCCUCCUCAUGCACCACGCUUACAUGCACUGAUACCAAUCCAUAAUGGAGAUAACAGGGGGAAAGUUGAAGUCAAGUGGUGUGCUCCAACCUCUGUGGUGACUCAGUACAGAGUGGUGGUGGAAGGACAAGACGGAAAAGCUAUAGAGUUUGAAGAAGCUUUCCGACAAGGCUUGGUGGGGUUUCUGGAAGUUGGAACCAAGGUGUGUGUGGAGGCAGUUAACAAAGCAGGACACAGCAUGCCCACAGAGUUUUCCUGCACACGAUAUGACCCUCCCUCAUCAUCAGACUAUGACGUGUUGGCAGGUAUUAUUGGAGGAGGGAUUAUCCUCUUGCUCCUCAUCUCAGCUGUGAUCUUUUGGAGAUGUCAUAAGAACAGAAAUGCAAAGAGAGACUCAUCUGAUGGACUUGGGAACCCGUCAUACAGCACAGAAGGGACAUUAUAAUCGAGAGAGGAUACUUUAGGGCAGGCACUUAUUAGGAAUUGGUCCAAGAGAGGAUUAUAUACCAUAUCAGGAAAUGUGUCAAUAUAGAAGUUAAAUGUUGUUGUUUUUUUAAUACCAUACAAUGUUACAUUUCAGGGCUAGAACUACCUGUUUUUGCUGGCAAUUUACUCAAGUGGAUUUCUAGUGCAUUUUUUUGUUAAUAUUAUUUUGGGGUAAUGACAAAAACGUUUGGCAAUAAAAUAAUUGUGUGUGUGGAAAAAAAUAAGUAACUUAAGUUUUGUUUUAAUGGGAUAAUAAAGUUUUCUUUUCUUGGCUUUGGUAUUACUGGGUGUGACAUCCAUCCAGAUAGAUAAUAGAAUGAGACAGAUAAGCAUUAUUGAUAUAGAACAUAAUACUGUACCUUUAUGUGGUUGUUGUUUUUUAAGACUGUAUUAAGCAUCUGAAGUUGUGAAGGUUUCCUAUGACCAAUCUGCUAAACUACCGAGUAAAAACAUGCUCUUUAUAAAGCUGAA